AAUAAUCGAAUUGAAUCAUAUGUCCUCAGGCCAAGAUGCCCAGCCACGAGCCCAGCCACAAACCCACCCACGCUAAACCCAAUCAGGUCGAUCAUCUUUGGCUGCUGCCUUCGAGCCUGCGACCAUCAACCGUCACAACGACUACGACUACGACUUCUCCUUGCAUCGCUCUCUCUCCGUUGCUCCCUUCUCGGAUUUGGAGUCUAUCACUCGCUGCAUUAAGAUAUUUCUCUGGAUUAGAUCGACCCUUCGAACCAAGAGGUGUUGGAUUCUCCAUCUCUUCCCUCCCUGUUCCUUCACGACCAGACCCCGAUCCGCUUGAUCGACGUCAUCUCCGCCCUACGCCUGACAAUCCUCAUCCACGUCUGGGUGCCACCAUGGGUCUCAUCUACCCCCGUCGAGCAUGUUACGUGGACUCCUUGGGAUACACAAACGACUGCCGGAGUUCCUGGAAUGACUGGGGUCGAUGGGUGGCCUUUGCCGUGAUCGUUGGCUGUGCUUUCAUUAUCUUCUUCUUAUUUGCAUGCUAUAACGCUCGUCGACGCCGUCGGGCUGGUCUCCGGCCUCGCCCCGGUACAGGCUGGAUGGCUGGCCCUCCUCCGCCCUACCCCGGCGGCAACGGCAACCAACAACAUCAACAACAACCUUACUAUCCGGCCGACCCUUACUACCAGCAACCUCCCCCGCCCCAGUACACGCCCCAACCUCCUGCUUACGGGUACUUUGGAGGCCAGCAGACCGGGGUGGAGAUGCAACGACCGCAGAACGCCUACCAGGCGGAUGGGGGACCGGUAUAUCCUGCGCCUCCGGGGCCGCCUCCCAACGGAGCCAAGGAGUAAGGGCUGGCUGGCUGGUUUGGUGGUCACCAUGGUUGUAUUCUCUCGGAACGACCAACCAUGACAUACGAACAGAAACAAACAAAGAACAGUUGAAAUACGAAGGAAAAAGAAAAACGAACAAAAAAAAAUAUUAAUUUGUUUCUGGCGUUAUUGAGCAAGUGGGUUGGUUUUUUUACGGGACUCGUGACAUGAAGACUGGGUGGGAGGCAUGGCAUGCGUUAUGGGCCUACGAAUGCGUACUGUCUUUUCUUAUUCAUUUUGUUUUCAUUCCUUCUUUUCUUGAUCUCUUUUCGUGAUUCGUUCUCUCGUACGCGAUUAUAUGUUGUAUAUCUUAAUGACAGGGGAGGUGGUCGGUGAGUCUCCACCCAGCUCCAUAAUUCUACAUGUCCACCGUCAGUUUGAACCAUAAAGUCCGUCGUCCACUGCGUACGAUAUAUUACCCAAAGUCGUUCUAUCAUCCUUUUGGUUCGCAUCCCCACUAGUUAAUUUCGAGAACCCAUGGCCCGUGGAUGCCUCGGGUGUGCCAGUACCAACCAGUGGACGACCGAAAUCUCCCUACCGUCUCCUCCAACCCCGGUGGAGAAGAGAAGGUAGUUUUUGACAGUGUAAUUCUCCAGUCAAGGGAUGAUCUAUGUAAAAUAGGUACACCGAAUCUCG